AGCUUAAAAUCUGUAUUUUCUGGGGGAAGAAAAAUUUUGAACAGGAGGGCACUUAAAAAAAAAAAGAAAUAAAAAUUAAACGGCAAACCCUAACUGCAGGCGAGAGCACGCGAGAGCAGAAUUGAAGACGGCAUGAUUUUAACGAGAUAUUAUCACGUACUUACCUUGUUUUGAUCCAAAAACUCCAUGUACCACCGAGUGUCAAGACACAGAUGUGAAUGGCAACAGCUGGAUUUUGGGGGGAUUUUAUGGGUGAAACAUGGUCAUAUAACAAGGGUCGUGAUGCAGAAAUCGCAGACAUCAAGGAGUAGUCGAAAUAUUCUUCUUCAUAUAUUUACCAUUUUAAAUGUUUUUUUUCCCAAUUUUCUUUGUUUGGAUCAUUUAUUUAUCAUCUAACAUAUUGGGGAAAAUGCGACCGUAACAAAAAAAUACAAUAAAUCGAUAGUUAUGAGGUAGAUAUCCGUUACUUUUUUACAGACGCCAUUUAUUUCAUUGUGACGUAAUUUGCUUGAAAGUUUAAAAUAUGCCAGUGAAUAACUUUUUUAAAGUCUUUUUUUUUUCCAAACUAAAUAUUAGACAUCAAUUAAUGAUUCUAAGCUAAAAAUGACAGACAUAUGGACUAAUAAAUAUCAUUACUUACCUUUUUAUGGCUGGGUUGAAACAAAAGCGGUUGCGCGACGUCUGUAAACAGGGGUUUCCAGGGUAAAAGAUACGAAUUAAAAAUAGUGCGGGGGCUUAAAGCGACAGGAAUCUGCUAUGGCAGCAUAUAGACAUAUUGUUUUAUCAAACACAACAGUUCAUUUGGCUUAAAAUACAAAUACAGCAGUUUAUUUUAAAGAGGAGUGCAAGAGCAGAAACUGCUUUUUCAGUCUUGUCUGUGUUUUCCGCUAUUUACAUAUAAGGUUUUUUUUUUAAGUGUACUUUGGGAUAAAAAGGAAAAACAUGUCUUAUAUGUAUCUUCUUCCUAUGCUGGUAAAUUUGAAUAAAUACAUUAAACACACCAUUUUAUUCAUGUAAAUAAGCUCCGCCUGUACUUCGCUGAUUUUUUAUUUUCGCAUUACCCGCGAAAAACGAGGAAUAGCUGUAUUUAGUAUUUUCAAUGAAAUCUUUAAUUCUUGACUCUUUCCCCCUCUUCUUGUCCGCUGGGGGCAGUAUAACAACUAGCAGACGUCCUGUCGAGUCCCGCUCAAGAAGAAGACGCCGACAACGUCGACGAAGAAGAAAAAACCGGAACAAUAACAACGCUACACUCGGCAACAGUUGUACAAACUUGAGGCGUUAUAUAGUUUUUGUAUUUAUCAGACGAAAAACGUUUUAAUACGUGUAGUUUGUGUCCAGCCGCUUUUUAGCACCGUGAAAGUGUCUUUUUUGCUUGUUAGCAUGCUACGUUAGCAUCGCGUGAGUGAGCUCCAACGUUGAUUUCUUCACAACUACCGAGGUCAUCAUCCAGGUUUGAUUGAAUUUCCUUAACGGACCUUUUUUAAGUUUUUAAAAAUUUUUUUUUUUCGUUGUUGAAAUCCAUUUUGAGGCUGGACUGUACAAAUGACUGACUAACGUCAUCCUCCAAGUUGAAUUUUAUGUCAUCAAGUGACGUCAUCAAGGUGUCUUCUUCCAUGAUGAUGGCUUCACCAGACACGCGCGCAGUCAAGGGGGACGACGCUGAGCAUCCCUGGCGACCUCCCCCAUCUUCCUCGGCGGCAUGGAACUGGAUGCGGCGCUUCAGAGACGUGGGACCAGUCACGCUGCAAAUAGAGGGCGGGCCCGCCAGCGCCCGCCUCUACUGCGACGCCGUCGACGGCCUGGCUGAGGGCGGCGACCUGGUCGAGGCUUUCCUGGUGGAGAUCUUCCGCUGCAAGCUGUGCCGCUUUACCUGCGCUCUCAAGAGCGCCAUCUGCAGCCACCUGCUGCUGGCGCAUGCCUCGCUAGAGGAGGCGGGGCUUCAGCGCCCACAACUAGCCUACCCACUUGACCUCAAGCACCACGACGAAAAUGAUGACUUCCUGCUUUAUGACGUGCUGCAAGACAUUGGCCCACCUGCAUGCCACUCAUUGAAGGUGGGCGAACUCUUUGAAGACCACGAGCCCGUUUCGUCGCACGCCGACCGCCGCGCUCAUCAGGAGACGGCGCAAUCCGCCCACCUCAUGACGCUCGGGCUGUGCCGCAUCGCCGCUGCCCGACCGCCCUCGGAAACCGCCGGGGCGCCGAAGCCGACUACCAUCUCAGUGCGGGCGCAUACCGCCGAGAAUGCUGGGAAAUACGCAGAGAGACGGCGCGCAUGUCGUCGCGUGUCUGGAGUCCGGCAGCGGGCAGAGCUAAAGUCUGCCGGGAGGAUGGGGGAGGAGCCUGGACAAAAAGGGGCGGAGUCCCAUGAACUCACUGGUGAAAGUCGGAGACCGAUCGAACCGGCUGCCGUAAAGAAGAGGACGACGACGCACCUGAACAGAGCUCGUCUCAAAUCGGCAAAAGGAAAAGAAGAAAAAAAAAAGUUUUCAGGGUUUGUCUGCUCGCUGUGUCACAAGAAGUUGUCCAGCAAAGUCACGUUGCAGCGCCACCUGGAGAUUCACACCGGAAAGAAAAUCUACUCCUGCCGGACGUGCUCAUACGCCAGCACGCGGCAAGAGUCGCUACGGCAACAUGUCAGGACGCACACAGGUGAGAAGCCUUACAAGUGCACGCGCUGUCCAUACGCUUCCAUUGAUCGGAGUUCUUUGCUGCGACAUUCCCGAACACACACGCGAGAAAAACCCUACAAGUGCCAGCGAUGUGACUACAGCAGCAUCCAGAAGAAGAGUUUGGAUCUUCAUGUGCGUCGCCAUCACACGGGCCAAACGUUUUCGUGCCACCAGUGCGACUACGCCAGCGCAGACCGCCAGCUGCUUUUAAGGCACGCUCGCCGACAUCAUCCUCCUUUGCACGCCUCGUCGCCGCCUUGAUGCUCCCGAUCAGGUGUCUCUCUCUAGCUGAGGGUCACCGGCAUCCCCGAUAACACCCUCCCUACACUGGAUUGAUUGGAGGUACAAGUCUUUUGAGUUAGGAGCACGUCAUACAUAGUUCAAGACAUCAUUCUACUGUAUGCAUAUACAUUGAGGAGCAGAAGUAUUUGCACCCCUUGAGAUUUUGCAAGUUCACCCACAUAGAAAAUGGGUAGAGGUCUGAAAUUUCAAUCAUAGAUGCAUUUCCAUUCAUAGAGACAUAAUUAAAAAAAAAAAAAAUCCGGAACUGAAUGACUAAUUAACCAUAAUUGAGAGUAUUGGUCUCAAACUUGCAGCCUUUGUGUCAUUGCCUUGUUGAUAUGGCUAUUUUGGAGUAUCUGAAUGCGUUGGAUUUGGUCACAACCAUGUCCACUUUGGGGGACUACUUCUCAAUAGAAACCAAUGUUAGCAAAAGAAUAUUUUGUCAUAUUCGAGGCGAUACUGUACUAGUAGAUGACAAUUUGUCAUUUACAGAAGAGUUAUCGCUAGCAAUUUUUAAGCCUUUUUUUCUGGAUCUUUUGACUGUUUUUCUUUUGUAAAACAGUUGUAUAAUAGUUUUUGAGUUUUAACUAUUUGUGGUUUAUAUAUUUAUCAAUUUAAUGUAUUUUUAUAACUUGGUUGGCAGAGAAACUUGUUGCAAUAUAUUUCAUUUUGUAAGACAAAAUAAAAAGGAUAUAUGUAAUACUUGUUGCAUUACUUUUUGCAUUAUUUUGAAUGGUCUAAAAAUAUAGGUGUCAGCAAAACAUCACACAAAUAUCAGGACGGAAGUUAAAAAAAAAAUCUGUUGGGACAUUUCUAAUUUCAGGGCAAGUGGCUGUUUUUUUGCUAAUUAAAAAAAAAAAAAAGUCUCAUAAAAGACUUGGCGUCUACAAACAUAGACGGAUAGAUUUUGGGUGAAGUCGGCCACAAUAUUAAUAUUUGGCGAAGACGUCUGGCCUACCUGAAAUGUGAUGUCCACAUAUGUGAAUGCCAUUAUUGUAUUUUAAAAAAUGUCUUUGUUAUAUUUAUAUUCAUUGUUUAUAUAUAUUUUUGUAUAAAUAAAUCACUUAAUAAAAAUAAUGCAAAAAAAUGAAUCAAGCGAGCAGACUAAAUUCAAAGAAAAUACAUUUGCUACAUUUAAGUAUGACCUUUUCUGACCUUUGACCUCAUCACCUCAUAAACAUCCUGCAAAUGCGCUAUUCACUGUUUUUCUCGCGAAAUUCCAUUUCUGACCUCUGUGACCUUUGAACUCAUCACCCUAAAAUGUACAUAACACAAUACAUAACCGUUAAUAGGUUUUUACCAAAAACUGAGAAGACUGGCUGUGAAUGCUCAUGUUUCAGUGCCAUUUUGACAAGGAGGGGCGAAUGAACCCCUCUCAGUCAAAAUGGAUUGGACGUCUAAUGCCGUCAAUGGUGGCUAGUGG